UCAGUCCCUCAGUCAGGUUCUGCCAGUGAGAGGUGAGGGUUGUGUGUGCUCUCCGUAACCGCUCAUAACGUGAAGGACCCUAAAUUGCCUUUCUGAACCCAAAUAGAGGCGGAAUUAGAGUAAUUUUGCCCCGCCCUCCAUUCUAGCAGGUGAUGUAGAAUGGGCAACUUGCUGAGGCUGCUCGCAAGGGACGACGCGGGGAACAGCUGUUGCUCUCACCAGAAGUACGAUGUCUUCCUUGACUUUGAGAACGCCGAGCCGAGUGAACAGGAACGCCAUCUAUACGAGGAUGUGGCGACGGUGCUCCGGGGCUCACAUGCAGUCAUCAGUGAACUGCAGCAGUACAAGGGCGCCGCCAAGGAGAUCAGGGAGGCUAUCAGCGACCCAGCGGAUGACUGCCAGAGGAAGGCGUGGGAGAUUGUUACCCCUUUGGUUCAGAAGCUCAAACAUUUCUAUCUCUUCUCCAACGAUAUCGAGAUGAUUGUCCCGAGAAUCCUGGCGGAGCUGUGUGGGCCGGAGAUGACCCCAACUGCACACUUGGAGUAUCAGCAGGCACUUGUGAAACAGUUUGCUGAAAUUCUCGAGUUUACCCUCAAGUUUGACGAGCUGAAGAUGACCACCCCAGCCAUUCAGAACGACUUCAGUUACUACCGCCGGAUCAUCAUGCGCACCAGGAUAGAGCAGAACGGCAGCAGUGGCACAGUGGCCAACAAUGGGACGGAGGAGACUCUCUGCAUUGACCACCAGCUUGGCAACAAGAUGAGUCUCUUCUAUGCCAACUCCACGCCAAUGCUCAAGAUUCUUAGUGAAGCCACAUCAAAGUUUGUCACAGAGCACAAGGAGAUCCCCCUGGCCAACACCACAGAGACACUCAGCACCAUGGCCAAGGUGUGCCAGAGGAUGCUAGAAAACCCAGAGUUGAUAGCACGGUUUCGUCGGGAGGAGACGCAUCUCUUCAUCCUGCGUGUGAUGGUGGCCCUCAUCAUUUUGUACGAUCACGUCCACCCUACAGGAGCAUUUGCCAGAGCCUCCACCAUUGAUGUGAAGGGGUGUGUCAAGGUUCUCAAGGACCAGCCAGCCUCCAGCUCAGAAAACCUUCUCAAUGCACUCAGAUACACCACGAAGCAUCUGAAUGAUGACAGCACACCAAAGCACAUCAGAACCUUACUGGCUCUAUAACAGUGCCAUGCUGCUGACACCAACACCCCUUCCACCACUACCACUACUGCCACCUGGUGCAUUACUGCUCACAUGGCACCCCCAACCAGACACCCUCACUCCUCGCCCGGCUGGAUCCUCUGCUGCUCCUCCCGUCAGUCCCAGCCUAACCCCAGAGCAUAUCCCCGUGCUGUAUCUGCCUGUUUCCGCCUCCUCCAGUAUUCAGACAGUGCAGUGGUGUGACAUGUCCCUUCCUCCACCAUGCACCACGCACUUUAAAUAUGAAGCCAAUGGGAGGGCUAUAUAGUAUUAUGAGUGUAGUUCUUCCUCCCCAUGGCUGUUUAUUUUCUGGUUAUGUAUAUUUUCAUAUCUCUGUCACUGUCUCUGCCUCUUUUCUUCUCCUCUUUUUCAUGUCUUUGAUGCACAAGAGGCUUAAUGGUAUUAUUCUGUGAGCCUUCCUUCCUUCCUCCCUUCCUUCUCUUGAUGUUCACCUAGGUGUUCACUGUGAAGAGGAGAAAGAGAAGGAGGAGGAGGAGGAUGAAAGUGUUAAGAAAGAUAGCUAAGAGGUUCACUGGCUAGAUUUGUCAUCUUCCCUUUUUACUACUACUACUACUACUACUACUACUACUACUACUACUACUACUACUACUACUACUACUACUACUAUCUUAACCUUUUCUACUCAAAUAUUCUUUCACUUUCAGUAAUCCUCCUAUACUUCUAAUUAAUACUUUUUAUACAGGGACUGAGGCUGACCCUGUCUCUCUCUCUCUCUCUCUCUCUCUCUCUCUCUCUCUCUCUCUCUCUCUCUCUCUCUCUCUCUCUCUCUCUCUCUCUCUCUCUCUCUCUCUCUC